AUGUCCUCCCCACCCGACUCCCACUCCCACACCCCCCUCCACGACCAAGACCACGACCAAGACCCCUCCCCCUCCUCCGCGCCAGACUCAACCCCCAACAACCCUCUCCUCCGCACCACCAACCCUCUCGUCAGCUCCCUGGAACAAGAAGUCCUAGAUGAGUAUACGCGGUUAUUAGGGAAUGUGAAUAAGCUAUCAACCAAACUCUCCACACUCGCCGAAUCCCCCACGACCCUCACACUGGACGGCCUCCGCGGCCUGGAACGUCAAACCGCCACCGUCUGUACCCUGCUCAAGGCGAGUGUGUAUAGCAUUGUUCUCCAACAGCAGAUUUUUAAUGAGAGUGAGGAGCAACAACAACAGCAGCAGAUGCAGAUGCAGCAGGAGAUGGAGGGGAUGGAGGGAGAUGGGUAUUCGGGGAUGAUGGGGCAGGGGGGUGAAGGAGGGGAGUAUGGGUAUGGGGAUGGGGGGUAUGGAGGGUAUGGGGUUGAGGGGGAGAGUUUUGGGAGGUAUUAA